AUGGCACUUCUUUUUAAGCUUUCGAUGCUUGCGGCGACAGCUGCCGCGCUGCCGGCGUUUCCACCUUCGUGGGGAUCCCCGCCUGAAAUCAUGACGAUGGACUAUGGCCCGUUGGCUGGGGGCUAUGGUCACGGAUCCAGCUCAUUGUCGACAUGGAUCUACCAGAACAUGCAAGAGGACAUCUCUGCCGGCCGGCCACAGUACCCCCCAGACUUCGGCCCACCGCCGAAGGCGCAGACUCGGGACCUGCGGCCCCUGCCUUUCGGCUACGGCUUCGGCUCUGGGACCAUGGCGAAGUGGCUGACCAAGAAAGCCAAGGAGGUCUACGAUGAGACACCGGAGGAUUUCGAGGGCAUCGCAUCUGCUUUAGAGACAGCACCAGGUGGCCGUCGAGAUCUGAGACCGAUGGAAGUGAUGAUGUGA